AUGGGACAAGGGGAUGAGUUUCCGACGGAGUACAUGACUAGCUCGCAAGUGUCCUGGGUCGACCCAAAGCAGCAGAUGAGCGUGACGAGGAAGAGCCAUCGAGGGAUCGCGGCAGAGUUCAUCCCGACAAGGAAAAACAUCUCAAGUGGAUGGAGAGAAAACAACGUGACUAGAAAUCUGUGGAUGAGUCAUGGAGAUCAGUAUUCGGUCGAAUCGGCUGCGCUAUCCAGUAAGGAGCCGCUGUUAGAUGUGAAGCCCGUUGACUCGAUGAGAAGCGACGAAGAGUACUUGAGCACCAACACCAUCAACAGCAUGAGAAACCUGGAAAACCUGCAUGAAAACAACGCCAUCUUCCCUCUAACUCCUGAGCUCCAAGAGGAGCUGCGCGAUUCUGGCUACAGCAAGAACGUCCCCAUCACGACCCAACCCUUCGAUGCUCACCGAAAGUCAUUCCAGCCCCUGAGCAGCACAACCAAGGAGGACUACAAAGACCCCACGUCCUUCCGGAGGAAACAACACGUUGUCCGACCUCCCUCCACCUCGUCCUCCUCCUACGGGAGGAUCUCCACAGCUCACAGGUUCGAAAAGAUGAAGAUGCCGUCCUUGGAGGACCUUCAUCCUGCCGUAGCGAGUCUGUGGAGAGCGAGAGACCCCCUUUACUACAAGCACACGACCUUCAAGGUGACGGACGGCUUCAACUCUAGCAAGGACUUGAGGACUUACACGAUCGAGGCGAUGCGUGCGAGUAUAUGA